AUGCGUACCUUAAAAACCAAAAGUGCAAAAUCCAGAUUUCUUUCUGCUGUACAAGAAGAUGAUAAAAAAUCGCGAAUUUUGUUUAACGAUAGCAGGAUUAUCUGCGUUGGAAAGAGAUUCUAUUUAAUUGCACUGCUCAUUAUUUAUAAAGCAGUUGCUCGAUUAGAGCUAGAUGAUCUUUUAGCCCAUCAAUCAAGUGUAAUUAAAGGUGAAAAGGAAGAAUAUAUUAUAAACCCGAAAGGCCCGCUUAAUCUGUUGCGGGGUUAUAUUUACUAUAAGAAGCAUUUUAUGCUUAACAAGCGGCUGUUUUCUCCUGAACUAGACAUUAGAUAUGAAAUUAUAUUAGAUACUGCCGAUGACUCAGAUAAUGUUAAGUACUUAUAUAAAAGAAGCCCACAGAAUGAUACUGUGCGGCCAUUAGAAGCUAGUUCUGGCCCCAAAAGUGAAGAUAAAUACAGGUGCCAAGAACAGGAAAAAUUAAAAAGAUACACAAUUGGAUAUCAUCGAAAGCUUCUGCAGAUGUUUACAAUACAAGACAACGGAGCAUGCAUUGAAACGGGGCGAGGUGAUUCACUAACUACAUUCCUUAGAUAUACUAGAGUAAAAGAGCACUCAAUGGCAAUACUGGCCACUCUUUUAUUAUUAACUGAGGGAAUAAAAGUGCCUAUUAAAUACGUGUCAUCAAAAGAAAACAUGAAUACACAGCUCAUUAUACAAAAAAAGAAUCGAAUACAGGAACACCUUUCAGUUAGUAUGCACGUGCCAUAUAAAUGCCCUAUCAGUAAAAGAACUAAAAGUGUUAUGCAAAAAGAAGCCAAAGGAAUUUUCAACUUCUUUAUAUCCCACCAAAAAAGCUCAUUCCUAAAGUGGGAUGAUGCACUCAUAGAGCCAAAUACUCUAGAAAAAUUCAAUUCUGGAAGAUUUCUAAAUAGCCUGCCCUUUUUAAUUCAAAUGUACAUCUUUGAAUUCAUUGACAAUAUAGAAGAUGCAAACAAAUUCAUCUUCGCAGUAUAUGAAAUACUAAAAGAAUAUUCUGAAGAAAAUGAAAGUAAAGAAGAAAAAGAGACGGAUCAUGCUAUUUCUGUUUUCAAUAGAUGUUUUGUACCAGCAAAUCAAUUAGAAGCGUCUCUUACAUACAUAGAUAAUGUAAAGAAGGUUAAAUCGCUAGAGGCCAUGAGAAAGUCUACCCCGUUUUUAAAUUCUGUGCAGGUUUUUACAUUUAGCAGAAUUCCUAUGCAAAAUCUGCCCAGUAGUGAUGAGCUGAAGCAUGGCAUUGAGUAUUUUGCUAACUGUGUUGAAUCUUCAAUACUUAGUCUCGUGUGCUGCUUUAUGUAUGAUCCAAUAUUAGGGGAAUAUACAACAAGCCAUCUUCCAAAUGCAAUGCCAAAGCUGCAUAGCUUCUUUAUGAAGUAUAAAAUGCCAACUGAAUUUAUAAGCUUAGAGAUGCAUCAAAAAUGGAAUGAGAUUGUUUCGAAUUUAGAAAACAAAGAAGUCUUGUAUUGUAAUAAAGGUAACGAACUGAUGUCAGGAAUCAUAAACAUUGCUGCAGUUCUUAUUGAAAUAACAGGGAUUUCACACACAUUUGCUAAAAAUAUAUAUCAGUUUAAAAGCAUAGUUAAUUCAGAACAAGAAAUUACAAAUGAGAUGCUUAUAGAACUGGCUACAGUUUUAGAAGACAUAUUUCUAGCGCUUUCUGUGAAUAAAAGUUUAAAGCUUUCCAUGCUGGAUAUUGUCAAGUGUAAGCGCAGUGAUCCGGCAUAUGAUCUAUUCGGAUGCCUUAGUAUUAAAUAUAAAGUGUGCAAGAACAAACAGAAAUUUUGCAUAAAAAUAUCUUCUUUUCACACACAGUCCGCAGUUAUUGGAUCUAAGCGUUCUAUAAGGACGGCCAGCUCAUUUAUAUUAAAUACACCAAGGAAAUAUGAAGAUCCAAACGAUUUCUUUAGUCAUCUAGUCAAUAGCUACAUCGAUGUAGGGCUUAAAAGAUUAAUCAAUUGCGCAGAAAAUAUAAAAAACACGGAUUUUAUUGAAGAAAUUUGUCAUGCCGCAAAGACAGAUUUUAUAAAUGUGAAUAGGAUAUUAAUGCUAGAUUCAAUUUACACAUUGCAGUCUAAAUUUAACAUAUUAGAAUACUGUUCAAUAUACAUGUGUAACAAAAAUCUGGAUAAAGAUUAUUCUGGAGUAAAAUUCACGUCCAAUAUACUAGGAAUUGUUCACAGUUUUGCCUUAUCAAAUGUCAGUAGUCUGUUGUCAGUUAUAAUAUAUACUGGAGUGUACAAGUUUUACGGCUCAAAAAUUAAAAUAAAUACAAAAGGCAACUGGCCAGUUCAGCUGCCAGAUUCAAAGGCAUGCCUAGGUCUAUUUAAUUCUAUAGUUUCCAUAGGAAAUAAAGAGCUUCUUGUGGAUGCACUGGAUGUGUUUAUGUCUUUUGAUACAGGUGAGCGCCCAGGUGAUAAUGUAAUACUACUUAUAAAAGAAUUAAGCCACGAAACAUUCCGGCUUCUACUAAAAGAUGAAGAUCCGGCAUACGCACAGAAACUAAUUCACAUAAUGAAAGCGAGAUACCAUGGGCAUGGCCACACUCUAUCAAAUAUUGUCUGCUGCAUAUGGCUAUUUUAUGCGUGUAAUGAUGAAGACAUUUCGAUUGAAAUUAUUUGUUUGGUUUUUGAUAUGGUACAGCCAUACUGUGACAAAGACAUCUUUAAUUUUAUAUAUACCCCAGAUAACUGCAGCCAUGCUAUAAAUGUCUUUAAAAGCAUGAAAAUUCCACUAUACGGUAGAAAUAAUGGAAAGAAAAAGUACGAUAAAAUUGCAAAUGUAAUAAAAGAAUAUCAAAGAGGGUUUAAUACCGAAAGCACUCCAGGAUGCACUUUGCUUACACCUGAAAUAUAGCCAAAU